AUGUCACGCCUCAUCUCCUCCGUCUUCUUCCUGCGACGCGACCCACGUCUUCUCAAAUUGCCGCCAUAUCUAUCGCUUCUCUGCAUCAUUGCUGGAAUUGCUUGGCUGUUCCUCCUGCCCUUGAACGACUACUCCCGAAGAACUUACAUCUCCGAGAACGCGCUUCUUCCGGGACAGGUGCAUACCUACUUCGGCGGCAGCGACCAGAACGUUUUCCGUGCAUACAAACAUGAGGUCCAUGCGUUGAUCGGCAAGAACAACUCCGAGAUAAACGACCAUCUAGAGAACCACUUCAAAAGCAUCGGCCUCAAGGUUGGGCGGCAGAAUUUCACCUACGCAUCGUCCGGCCAAACCUAUACAGGGGAGAACAUCUACGCCAUCCUGCAGGCGCCGCGCGGGGACGCCACCGAAGCAAUCGUUCUUGUGGCCGCCUGGGAGAACGACAAAGGCGAGCUGAACAGACACGGGGUUCCCCUCGCGCUGACCCUUGCGCGGUACUUUAAGCGCUGGUCCCUGUGGUCCAAGGAUAUCAUCAUCGUCAUACCUCCCGACAGCAAGACGGGUAUCCAGGCUUGGGUGGACGCCUACCAUGACGCGCAUGAUGCGUCCCGUGUGAGCUCCCUACCUGUGAAAUCAGGCGCCUUGCAAGGAGCUAUCGCCAUCGACUACACCCAGGAACACCGCUUUCGGUCGAUCCACGUUGUGUACGAUGGCAUCAAUGGGCAGUUACCCAACCUGGACUUGAUCAACUCCAUUGUGAGCAUAUCCGGCGGCCAGAUGGGCAUCCCCUGCGCCAUUCAGGAGAUGCGGAAACACACGGACAAGUAUGAGGAUCGCCUACGUACCAUGCUGCGGGGUAUGCUGAACCAGGGCUUGGGCUACGCCUCGGGGCCUCACAGCAGCUUCAUUCCCUAUCAUGUCGAUGCGGUCACACUGCAGCCGUUUGGAGAGGGAUGGCAAGAUGAAAUGGCCAUGGGUCGCGUCGUGGAAGGCUCCUUUCGCAGCUUGAACAACCUUCUCGAGCACCUACAUCAGAGUUUCUUCUUUUACCUGCUCAUGAACAAAGACCGCUUUGUGAGCAUAGGCACCUACCUGCCCAGUGCCAUGGUGCUUGCCGCGAACUUCACCAUCAUGGCCAUUUUCUUCUGGGUCAAGAGCGGUUCGCCGGCACCUCAGGACGGGCCGGACUCAAAAUCAUCUCCUACUACGACCCCCGCCGAGCGCCACCUUUUCCUCCCUCUAGUCCUGGUGGCCAUGUGCCAGUUCCUUGGCGCGAUUCCUCUCUUUGUGUUUAACCAUUUGACAGCAACGAUGCUCUCACCGGCGUUCGUGGUUGUCGCGGCCCUGAACUGCGCCUUGCCCUUUCUUAUUUCGCAUAUUCUGGCUUCUUACAAGCCGUCGGUCCAACCAUUUCAGCUCAUCAAGUGCUUCAGCCUUCUACUGUUGGGGAUGUUUCUCUCUGCCCUCGCGACCCUCAACUUUUCGCUCUCCUUCCUCGUGGGGCUGCUCGCUGCUCCCCUAACCUUUAUGCAGCCUUGCAGCAACCCGGUUAUGGGUCACACCUUGUUUGGAGUCCUUCAGCUCAUCUCUCCAACCACUGUUCUCUACUCGGCGUCGGCAUACUUCCAUAUUGAUAUCGGCUCGGUUCUCAAGGAGGCUGCUUUCGGCUGGAACAUUUGGGGCAUGUAUACUCCUAUGGUGUUAUGGUGCGUGUGGUGGCCUGCAUGGCUGUUGAGUUCCGUCCUGGUGCUUGGACGACCAGUGCAAUAAUCAUUUGAUUCCUACAGUCCUGAGGUAGUAUUGGUAAUUAUCACAUCGGCAUACCGC